AUGACCCGCACCCUCUGCUUGAGCUCCCUCAUCUUCCUCCUGCUGCUCUCCCUCUCCUCCCCCGCUGGCGCUGAACCCCAGCGCACGACGUCCUCGCAGCGCACGACGACGCCUCGCGCACCUGCCGCCAAGGUGCGUUUGGCGGGCAACUAUGCGCGAGAGGCUCACGAAGGGCGCGUGGAGGUGCUGCACAACAACACCUGGGGGACCAUCUGCGAUGAUGAAGUGGACAUCAAACUUGCCAACGUUGUGUGCCGAGAGUUGGGCUUCCAGGGUGGUAUAACGUGGGCACACAGCGCCAAGUAUGGAGAAGGACAGGGCCCAAUAUGGAUGGAUAAUGUACGCUGUGACGGCUCAGAGAAGUCCCUGAAGGAUUGCAAACACAAUGGUUGGGGGGUGAAUGACUGUAAACACAGUGAAGACUUGGGGGUGGUGUGCACCUCUGAGCGCAGGCUGGACCAGACGGCAAGCAGAGACUACACCGCCAUCACCAGGUCCAAUAACAGCCCUGCACCUCAGUGGCAGGGCCAAGUGACCACCCGGAGGCAUCCAGGCUAUGGCUAUUAUGGAAAUGGACAUCAAUAUGAGAUUCCAAGAUACCAACGACACCACUAUCAGGGUCGUGGCAAGGUGCAAAUUGAGGAGGUGCGCCUUCGUCCAAUCCUCAUGGCUACCAAGAAGAGCAACCUGGUAACAGAGGGUGUGGUGGAAGUAAAGCACGCUGGGAGAUGGAGGCAAGUUUGUGACCUGGGUUGGAGUCUCAACAGCAGCCGGGUUGUGUGUGGGAUGCUCGGCUUCCCAGAGGCCACUCAGCACAAUGUCAAAACAUACAAGAAAAUAUGGGAUACCAAGAUAGCAGAUCCUUCAACCAGACUGAGCCUCAUGGCAAAGAAGAAAGGAUUCUGGGUAGAGAAAGUUCACUGUCGAGGCAUCGAGAACUCCCUGUCGGAGUGCCUUGCUCAGCUGUCAAUCCCCCGUAGUCCGGCCCCUUGUAAGAACGGGAGACAUGCAGUGGUCAAAUGUGUAGCAGGACCUCAGUUUGCUCGCAUCUCCUCAGGAAGACCCCAGGCCCCUUAUCCAGUUGUGCCUGUACGUCUGAAGGCCGGCCCCAGGCUGGGCGAGGGUCGUGUGGAGGUGCUCCGAGAUGGAAAAUGGGGGACCAUUGUGGACCAUAUGUGGGAAAGAACUGCAGCAAGUGUGGUGUGCAGAGAACUGGGCUUUGGUAGUGCCCAGGAUGCCCUGCAUGGAGCCUUUAUGGGUCAAGGUACUGGACCUAUCCAUAUGAACAGUGUGCAGUGUAUGGGAUCAGAGCGCUCAAUCCUAGACUGCUACUUCCAAGAAGUCCAACCGUGGACAUUCAAACACAGCCAGGAUGCAUCAGUACGCUGUAACGUCCCUAAAACUGGCAUAGAAAACACGGUGCGGCUCGCUGGUGGUAGAGUCCCAUCAGAGGGCCGUGUGGAGGUUCUGAUGGAGAUCGGAGGGCGUAAGCGAUGGGGAUCUGUGUGUAGUGAAAACUGGGGCAUCAACGAGGCCAUGGUGGUGUGCAGACAGCUCGGACUGGGCUUCGCUGCCAGCGCUCAUCAGGAGACCUGGUACUGGACUGGUGACCAAAAUGCAGCUGAAGUGAUUCUCAGUGGAAGUCACUGUGUGGGCACCGAGUUUUCCAUUCAGCAAUGUCGUCGAAACAACCACGUCCACUGUCCUCGAGGAGGUGGAACUAAGGCUGCUGGGGUCAGCUGUUCAGACACUGCACCUGACCUCGUCCUGGAUGCCCAGCUGGUCCAGGAGACAGCCUACCUGGAAGACAGACCUCUCCACCUGCUCACCUGUGCAAACGAGGAGAACUGUCUGUCCUCGUCUGCUGCCAGGAUGAACUGGCCUUAUGGUCACCGGCGUCUUCUGCGCUUCUCCUCUCGAAUCAUGAACCUGGGUCGCUCCGAUUUCAGACCCAAAGCAACAAGAGAGAGCUGGACAUGGCACCAGUGUCACAGGCACUACCACAGCAUCGAGGUGUUCACACAUUACGACCUGCUGACUCUGAACGGCACGAGGGUUGCAGAGGGACACAAGGCCAGUUUCUGUCUGGAGGACACGUACUGCCCUGAUGGAGUCCAGAAGCGCUUCUCUUGCUAUAACAUGGGAGACCAGGGCAUCUCUGUGGGCUGUUGGGACACAUAUCGCCACGAUAUCGACUGUCAGUGGGUCGACGUCACAGAUGUGCGUCCAGGAGACUACAUCUUCCAGGUGGAAAUUAACCCCUCGAUGGACAUGGCUGAGUCUGACUUUAUGAACAACGUCAUGAGAUGUCGGUGCAAAUAUGACGGCCACAGGGCUUACAUGUACGGCUGUCAUGCAGGUGAUGCAUACAGUGCUGAGAUUGAAGACCUGUUCGAGCACCAGAGGCAAAUCACCAACAACUUUGUGUAGCCUGUUCCAGGGCCCAGUCUUCAAGUGGGGCCCAGAGACUUGUCAGGGUGGGCGGAGGUCAAAGGCCCUCUGGACCUUAAGACCCACAAUAACACACAAACUGGCGCCUGUUCUCCUCUUUCACAGUUGUGGAUAAAGAUUCAUAAAAGAUUCACAGUAGCGACCAUUGCAAGGACUCCGUUCAUGACGAGAGUGCAACAGAUGCCGGACAGCUCCACAUGUUUUUUUUGUUUUUUUUCACUCCACUUAAGGAAGAAGAUAUCGGAUAUUGAUUUUAAGUUAACUGUACUGAUUUUUGUGAAUGUGGACAACUUGUAACUUCAGUGGGUUAUUCAAAAAUAUACGCAUGAAAGAUUAUAACGUUGCUUUAAAUAGUUCAUAAAUAAGAUAUUGGGGAAACCAGUCGCUGUUGGGAAAAAAUAUUCUCAAGAUGUGAUAUAUGAAAAUCUGACAAAAAAAAAAAAACGAUGAUGUAGUUAGUUUCUGUUGCAAAUAGGGGAUACGAUGUACAUUUAGAAAAAUGCUCUAAUUGGCUUUGUUUGCAUUAAUUAACCCUUCUCUAACUUAUUGAAUAAUUCCUAACCUCUUUAACAUAACUUCAUAUUGGUGCUCUUUAAAUAUACUGUAUCUCAUAUUAACCUCACUGAGUUUCAGGGGAACAGUCGAGUCGUGUACUUUCACUGUUUGUCUGAUAUUUUUACAAGUGCUCUGGCUUUUAAAAAACACAUUUGUUUAAGUGUAGUUGUGCUCAAAGUUUUGCUUCUCAUCUACAGUAGGUUAGAAGAGGUGAAAUGAUUUUUAUGGAACAAAGCACUUUAUCUUUUCAACAUCAGUAUUCUGGUCCCCCCCUCCCCAUCAUACUUUUUUAAUCAGCCACCAAACUGACUUUAAUGGUGUUCAACUGAACAAACAACUUAAACUGUGUUUAAUUUUCAUAUGCAAUUUUCUAUUUAUGCUGCAACUUUAUUUAUUCACUCUUUACACAUACAGAGCAUGCUCAGUAAAGAUUUAGCUAGCUGGAGUAUAAUUAACUAUACUGUUUUAGUUUUUCCAAGUUAAUGAACAAGGGAAAGAAGUGAUUUCAUACAGUCGUUACUGGAUAUAGUAUCAGAACAAUAUCUUUAUGCAGCUGAAUAAUUGUUCAUAUAUUUUAUUUGAGUUAUUAAAACCAAUGUAACUGUACAGAUUUUCUCUUCCAGCCUCUCUGAUGGGAGGGAAAACUGGUGAAACCACAGUUUUGUGGUAGGCAGGCGGGCAGGCUUUAGAGAGCAUAUAAAAAGCCUUUUAAUUACGUCUGUUUGGGUUAGACUUAAGGUUAAGGUUAGGGCUAUAGCAUGUGCUUUAUGAAGAAACACUAUGGAAUUGUAACUCGUGGAAUCAGGGUAAGAGCAAGAAUCAGGGUGUCCCCUUUCAGACAAACUACCAGAACGAUUCUGCGUUUCUGAGGGAGUUAGGGAAAGAGGCGGCGUUUGAAAGAAAAGAAUUCAGAAAGUCGGAGACAGAAAGAGAGAAUGGGAUGAAGUUUGGACAAAGACUUGCAGUUUUUACUAGCAGAGCUGCCUUUUUUUUUGUAGGCAGCCAUACAGCGACCACAAGCUGGCAUCUUCAGCUGCCCAACGAGAACAACAUGUUUGUCUGGGAGAAAAAAUAAACCUCUCAAUUCAUGCUUCGGCACAGUAAACAGUGGCCUUAUUUUAACUGAAGCGGGGCCUGCAUAAAAUCUAUAAAUUUAUAUUUCCUACACUCUCUUCGCUUACUUUUUUGCAACGACUCAGCUCCAUUUUCUUUACAACAUGGAACUUGUGUUAAUCAUGUUGUUUUACCACAUUAAUGUGUUUGAUGUGUUUGGCUUAUUGUCUCAGUGGUUAAAUAACUGUUAAGACUGUUUUUUCCAAUGGACACUUUCCAGGACAAGUAGUGGAAACAAUAUGUCACUUUGAAAGACAAAUGUAGAAUUAAUUAACUCCUUGAGCAAAUGAUCUUCCUCCUCACUGUGCUGUGUGAUUUUGGCUCCACAAAGAAGGCUAAAAAUGACUUUGUAGCUUCCUUGAAUAAUCUUUUUUUUUUAAUAAUCAUGCCCACCUGAACGCACAGGAGGCUGACUUACUCAAAAAUCAGAUUCAAUGUUACGGGAUAGGGCUGAAGGUCUGAAAUAAGUGUUUAAUGAUAUAUUUUUUUUGUCCUUUUGUACAGUUGCUUUUGACAUAUAACAAUUGUCUGUUCUUUGUGUGUUUUUUAAAAACUAUUUUCCAUAACUGAAGUUGGUUCAUACUCACCACUGUCAUCACAUUACUGUAUUUGUACCCAUGCUGUAGGCAUAGCACGGGGACAUAGUUUUCCAUGGCCAGUUCUGCUUUUAUUAAGUCUUUACAGCUGAGAGUGUGAGCUAUGUGGUGCUUAUCUACAAUCACAUUCACAGAAAGCUGUGCUCUCAGGGACUUUGACCUCAUCUAAAGAGUAAAAAAACAACACUUCAUUUCAUGUGAUUAAGAGUCGCUGUAGCUUUAGCUGUGACGCAUAUACACGAUGACACCAAAUGAACAGGAGCUGCUCUUUUUGUCAGCACGCUUAUAGAAAGUGAUCCACUUGUUUAUUUUUGCAGGUUAAAAUUGAAAGUAUGAAAGCUUCACUUCCUUCUAGAGGAAAGUGAGGAUAUCUGUGGAUUGACACUGGGUGACUCAAAAGCAUAUUUCAGUUGAGCAAC